AUGCGCGUCGUAUUCGCCACAGCUUGGUUUGCGCUCCUUACUGCUGGCACCGUCGUCCUCUUUGGCGCUGAGCCGGUGUCAGCAUCAACUACGACCAACUUUGGCGGGCAAGCGUCUCCAGUCCACCUCCGCGAGUCGUCGGGUGCUGUCGAUAAAGCACACAAUGGCAUGAACAGCGAACUCGAAACACCACAACAGUUCUGGGAGCAUGCACAAUCGCUUGGCCAUCGUUCUCAGGACUACGCGGCUUUCCUCAUCCACGAGGCUGCGCAAAAGGCUGACGCGGCCACCGUCGCACAGCUGCACCAAUUCCAAUACACUAUUCAAGUAGUUGUCUCUAAUACGGAAGACCUGAAGGAGCUAAUUGCACAAACAGCAAACAAGCCGUUCGACGAGAUUCAGCGCGAUAUCGAGAAGGUAUUCGAGGACCUCCUAGAGGAGUUGAAGGAGCAGUUUCCCCCACACGACCAAGCGCCGAACCAUGCAGAGCGCAGAGGCAACGUUUCUCUGGUCGUGCGCAAAGCAGAAGAGGCGUUCAUCAAGUUAGGUGUGCAAUAUGGGAUGCCGGAGAAACAGCUUCGGAAGCAUCUCGACCCAAUCAUGAAACACGUCGAGGACAUCGUCGUUAUCAUCGGGGACUCGGCGGAACAACACCCAGUCUUGUUCAAGAUUUUGAUUAUUUCCGGCAUCAUGCUCAUCAUCCCAGAGUCGUGGUUCCUCCGUCCGUUGUUUAGGCUCUUCGGCAUGUCCCCUGAGGGCCCCGUUGCAGGUUCCACAGCGGCUUGGGCUCAGCGCGUCUUCUGCGGCGCAUACAUCCCCAAGGGAAGUUGGUUCUCGCACCUGCAACACGCAGCCAUGAAGAGUGCGCCCUUAAUGAAUCCGGUGACGACUGUAGUCGGCUCCAUCAUGGUUGGCGUCGGGAUAGCCGGUGAAUGGUUCACGUAG